GAAAGAGGGGAGACACUCCGAGCCCGAGUCCGAACGAGCGGCGGCUACGACGGCCUGCAUUUCAAGUUCCCGGAGCAAGAGGGAACCGGCCUAGCCGAGCUAAGCCAGGAAAGGAGCCGCGGCGAAGCUCAGGGAAUUAAUUUUACUACUAACACGCUGCAAGGACUGUUAUCCAAAUAAGGUGCCGAACGGGAAUCGCCGAGCUCGACUGAGAAUCAACAGAAAAUGGCGGAGCCGGACAAAUUAAAUAUCGACUCGAUCAUUCAGCGUCUUUUGGAAGUCAAGGGCUCUCGUCCUGGAAAGAACGUCCAGCUGACGGAGAGCGAGAUUCGCGGCCUGUGCCUAAAAUCUCGUGAGAUUUUUCUCAGCCAACCCAUCCUGCUAGAGCUGGAGGCCCCCCUGAAAAUCUGCGGUGACGUCCACGGGCAGUACUACGACCUAUUGCGACUGUUCGAGUACGGCGGAUUCCCUCCGGAGAGCAACUACUUGUUCCUGGGCGACUACGUGGACCGUGGCAAGCAGUCCUUGGAGACCAUCUGCCUGUUGCUGGCCUACAAGAUCAAGUACCCGGAGAACUUCUUCUUGUUACGCGGCAACCACGAGUGCGCCUCUAUCAACCGAAUCUACGGCUUCUACGACGAGUGCAAGCGAAGGUAUAACAUUAAGCUGUGGAAGACCUUCACCGACUGCUUCAACUGUUUACCGGUGGCCGCCAUUGUAGACGAGAAGAUCUUCUGCUGUCACGGAGGCCUGUCGCCCGACCUACAGUCCAUGGAGCAGAUCCGCCGAGUCAUGCGACCCACCGACGUGCCCGACCAGGGCCUGUUGUGCGACCUGCUGUGGGCCGACCCGGACAAGGACGUGCUGGGCUGGGGCGAGAACGACCGCGGCGUCUCCUUUACCUUCGGCGCCGACGUAGUGGCCAAGUUCUUACAUAAGCACGACAUGGACCUCAUAUGCAGGGCGCACCAGGUGGUAGAAGACGGCUACGAGUUCUUUGCCAAGAGGCAACUGGUCACUCUCUUCUCCGCGCCCAACUACUGCGGAGAGUUCGACAACGCCGGCGCCAUGAUGAGCGUGGACGAGACGCUCAUGUGCUCCUUCCAGAUCCUGAAGCCGGCAGAUAAGAAGUUGUACCCUUACGGCGGAGGUGCCGGCAUGGGCUCCGGAAGGCCCGUCACCCCUCCGCGAAAUUCUGCCAAGGCCGCCAAGGCUAAGAAAUAACACCCGCUGCUGGCUCCGCCCCCACACUACCUGCUUUUUCCUUUCACUUUCUCCUCCCAAAUGUCUUUUCUUCCAUAUACAUUUCACUCAUAACCCCCCCCCCCCCCCCCCCCCGGGUCUGUCUUUGAAGUGCACACGUUGCAUUUUCCAAAGACUGCGUCUUGCCGGUUUGGGUGGGGCGGGGGACGCUGUAUGACGCACUUGUGCGUGGGGCGGGCAUUCAAAAAGGAGCAAUUCAAGAUGUGAAACUUUUGUCAUUUUGUAGAUAUUUUAAAGCGACAUUUUGUCCUUUUCUGGGAUAAAUCAUUCAAACGUAAGCACGGAAGAAGGAUUUGGAACGCCGCCAAUACCAAAUAGGACCUAGCGAACGCGGCGGUGGGGGGAUUGGUCUCGAACAAUCAGAACGCCUCUACGAAACGGUCGCGUGAAGUGACACGAGAAAGCGGUCGACGUGUUCACGCUUCGGUUUCUGUCGUUCCGUUGAAUAUAUGCUCGCCCAAAAGUUGAUUUUUGUUUGGAUUUGUAACGCUAAAUGUUGAAGACGCUUUUUCCUUCUCGGGAUUCCCCAGUCUUCCCUUUCCAGGACGGUUACGACACUUGACACCUAGACUUGGUCGCUACUUAACAACCCUGAGCUACCUGUAAAUGUAAAUAUUAUGAGAUGGACAGCAUAUUUAAUUGACUCUCCAUUUUUUAUAUUUAGCUAACUACUAGAAAUUACGGUAUUGCAUCUGUGUACGGAUGUUUUUUUUUUUGUGAGCGCUUGCAAGCCAGUAGCAAGUACUUUUGCAUUCGGAAAUAAAACCUCAAACAUGUUCCAAUUCGGUCAGGACCAGAAAAUCAUUCCCAUUUAUAAAAAUACUAUUUGGAAAGUGAAGCAAAAUGGACCAAUGUUAUUGGGGUAUUUGCAAUUUUGGCAAGUUUGGCUUGCACUUUUGCUUGGAAUGGUUGACACCAACUCAAAAAUGGCAAAUAUUUAGUUAGCCAUAAGUAAGUUUUGGAGACUUGCAGUCAUGAAUGAAAUUAUUAGCACCCCUGAAUUUUUCCAGAAAAUACACUGUUUCUUCAAGACAGUAACGCAAUUAUAAAUGUUUUCAGUAUGAAUGUGUUUAUUUUUUGGGAUUUGCAUUGGAAAAACAAAAAACGGAAAAGCUAAAAUGUACACCAUUUUACACAGAAUGCAAAAAACGGGCUAAAAUUGUGUCUAUUUUGACUUUGUUCCUCAGCUGUUAUUUUUUUCCAACACACAUCCUAGAAAUAAACACAAAUUCUAGAAAAAUUAUUCAACAACAGAUUAGACAAAUUCAUAAGUAAACAUAACUUACUUUUCGACAGUCAAUAUGGAUUUAGGGCAAACAGUUCAACAUCACUAGCAUUAAUAGAAUCAGUUGAGAUCAUCACUAACGCUAUUGAUAACAAAUUAUACUCAGUUGGAAUAUUCAUUGAUCUCAAGAAAGCAUUUGACACCAUUAAUCAUGACAUUUUAAUCAAUAAACUUGAAAAGUAUGGGAUCAGCAGAGUGGCACUACACUGGGUGAAGAGUUAUUUAAGUAACAGAAAACAAUUUGUGAAGUUGGGUGACUACUCAUCAUCAUGCUUGGACAUUGCUUGUGGUGUCCCCCAGGGUUCAGUGUUAGGUCCAAAACUGUUUAUUCUUUAUAUAAAUGACAAAUGCAAAGUUUCAAGAAUACUAAAAUGUGUUUUUUUUUGCAGAUGACACAAGUAUCUUUUGUUCUGGGGGGGAUUUACAUGAGCUCCUGGGUAGGGUUUCUGAUGAAAUUUGUAAAUUAAAAACAUGGUUUGACAGAAACAAAUGAUCAUUAAACUUAAGUAAAACAAAAUUCAUGUUAUUUAGCAGAUGCAAUAAAAACAGUGAAGUACAAAUACAGAUAGAUGAGGUAAAUAUUGAAAGGGUCUGAAAACAAGUUUCUUGGGGUAGUUAUUGAUGAGAAGAUUAACUGGAAAGCUCAUAUUAAACAUAUACAAAGUAAAUUAUCAAGAAGCAUUUCAGUCCUGAGUAAAGCAAAACACAGUCUUGACCAUAAAUCACUGUUCUUUAAUCCUGCCAUAUUUACACUACUGUGCAGAAGUCUGGGGUAAUACUUAUAAAUGUACAAUAAAUUCACUAUCCAUUUUACAAAAAAGCCAUAAGAAUAGUAAAUAACGCUGGUUAUAGGGAUCAUACAAAUACAUUAUUUUUAAAUUCCGGAACAUUAAAAUUGGUUCAUUUUCAAACAGCUCAGCUAAUGUAUAAGGCUUCACACAGGUCACUUCCUGGAAAUAUACAGAAAUUAUUUUUUAACAGAGAAGCACAAUACAGUUUGAGGGGGGGGAGCUUCGCUUACAGCAUCAGAGGGUACGAACUACAUUAAAAAGUUUUUGUGUUUCAGUUUGUGGAGUGAAGCUGUGGAAUAAACUAGAUGAGGGGCUCAAGCAAUGUCCAAGCAUGACCCAGUUUAGGAAGUGGUACAAGCACAUGGUUUUCACUGGGUAUAGGGAAGAAGAAGGGGUUAAAUUAUAGGGGUUUUUCACAUAUCUGUUAUUGGCUAAGUCCUGUUUAUUUUUGUUUAUCUUGCAUCUUAUGUAUAUGGUUAUUCAGUUUAUUUCAUUUUUAAUAUGAGGACUAGUUACAUAGGGCGGACAGAUAUAAUUAAGGAAUAGAAAUGGGGGGGGGGGGGUUUAAUAAGCAAAUGCUUCAUCCUACUCCUUUUUGGACACAAUGAAUAAAUUCUGAUCUUGUUUAUUAUUAUCAUUAUUAUUAUUGUCUUAACUAUUGUUUCUGUUAUCUCGAGAAUAUCAUUGGUUCUGAUUUUUUAUCUUUUUUUUUUUUUUUUCCGUUUGUUUUGUUUGUCUAUUAUUUUUAUUUUUUUCUAAUGUCCAAAUAAAGCAUUCAUUCAUUCAUUCAUACUGAAAACAACUGUAAUUUCAUUAAUUUCGGUGAGAAAUGCUGUAUUUUAUGGAAAAUGUGGUUUUCUUAGCCCAAUUAAUAUUGUAAAUGUUAAGCAAAGCACAAGUGUGCCAAACUACAAGUGCCAAGUCCACUUGAUGGCAUUUUGCUUUCUCAAACUGUGGUUGAAUCCGUUAUUUUUUUCUCUCAAGGCAGCGUUUGUUAUAAUUAAACAUGCCAAGCGUGAACUUAAACGUGACUGCAGCACCGAACCGAAGUGUGAACACGAGAUUAGUCAGCUCUGGCGGUUUAAAAACAAGUUCCAAUGGCACGAAUAAGCCAAAAUUUGAAAGUCUGCUCACAAGUGUACUUUGACGCUUUCUGUUGGCGCAAAUUGGUGUUUAAACGAGGAAUUGCAACAAUGCAUUUCAAUCAGCUUGUUUUGAAAAAAUACAAAUUUGGGGCCGGUCCAGUCCAGAAUACAGCAGGGCCUAGAACAAAAAGUGGUAUUUGUCAUGUGGCAAAUUGCCAUGUGGCUUUUUUUUGCCACGUGGCAAAAUUGAUUUUUCCAUGUGACAAAAUGUAUUUUGACAUGUGGCAUUUUUUUGGUAUGUGGCAAAAUUGAUUUUGGUUUGUGGCAUUUUUUUGCGGGGGGUAUGUUGCAUUUUUUGGGGUACAUGGCGUUUUUGCAGGCCAUGCACGUCCAAAUUUGCCAUUCAUUUUAAAUGGCAGAACGUGUGGCUGUGAUUUUUGAUCAUACACUUACCAUUACUGCGCAUUGAAAUUCAACUGGCACACAAAUAAGACUAUGCCAUUGACUAAUGGUAAGUGUAUACUCAAAAAAUCAAAGCGACACGUUUUUCUGCCAUUUAAAAUGAAAGGACAAUUUGGAUGUGGCUAGCUGUCAAUGGCAUAGCCUUACUUGUGUGCCAGUUGAAUGUCAGUGUGCUUUAAUGGUAAGUGUAUAGUCAAAAAUCACAUCCACACGUUUUUUUGCCGUUUCAAAUGAAUGGAAAAUUUGGACGUGCGUAGCCGCCAAUAGCAUGGGCGUGCAUGGCCUGCAAAAAUGCCAUACACCCUGAAAAAAAAUCCACAUACAAAAAAAUAUAGAUACAAUAUAUAUGCAACAUGGCAAAAAAUUGCCACAGUGCAAAAAAAUUACACAUGGCAAAACAAAAAAAAUGCCACAUGGCAAAAUCCAUUUUGCCACAUGGCAAAAAAAUAAAUACAUUUUGCCACAUGGCAAAAUCCAUUUUGCCAAAUGGCAAAAAAAAAAAAAAGCCAUGUGGCAAAAAUAAGGCCGCAUGGCAAAAUACAUUUUGCCACAUGGCAAAAAUAAGGCCACAUGGCAAAAUCAAUAUUGCAACACAGCAAAAAAUUGCCACAUGGCAAAAUACAUUUUGCCACGCAAAAAAUUGCUACAUGGCAAAAAAAAGGCCACAUGGCAAAAUACAUUUUGCCACGUGGCAAAAAUAAGGCCACAGGGCAAAAUCCAUUUUGCCAAAUGGCAAAAAUAAGGCCACAUGGCAAAAUCAAUAUUGCAACACGGCAAAAAAUUGCCACAUAGCCAAAAUAAGGCCACAUGGCAAAAAAAUGCCACAUAGCAAAAUCCAUUUUUCCAAAUGGCAAAAAAAAAAAAAAAAAAUGCCAUGUGGCAAAAAUAAGGCCACAUGGCAAAAUCCAUUUUGCCACAUGGCAAAAAUAAGGCCACAUGGCAAAAUCAAUAUUGCAACACGGCAAAAAAUUGCCACAUGGCAAAAAUAAGGCCACAUGGCAAAAAAAUGCCACAUAGCAAAAUCCAUUUUUCCAAAUGGCAAAAAAAAAAAAAAAAAUGCCAUGUGGCAAAAAUAAGGCCACAUGGCAAAAUACAUUUUGCCACAUGGCAAAAAUAAGGCCACAUGGCAAAAUCAAUAUUGCAACACGGCAAAAAAUUGCCACAUGGCAAAAAUAAGGCCACAUGGCAAAAAAAUGCCACAUAGCAAAAUCCAUUUUGCCAAAUGGCAAAAAUAAGGCCACAUGGUAAAAUCAAUAUUGCAACACGGCAAAAAAUUGCCACAUGGCAAAAAAAUGCCACAUAGCAAAAUACAUUUUGCCACAUGGCAAAAAUAAGGCCACAUGGCAAAAUCAAUAUUGCCACAUGGCAAAAAAAUGCCACAUAGCAAAAUCAAUAUUGCCACAUGGUAAAAUCCAUUUUGCCACAUGACAAAUACCACUUUUUGCUCUCUGCCCUUCUGUAUUCUGGACUGCCUCCCCUGCCCAAACAUUGUUGUCAAAAUCCAUUUUGCCACAUGGCAAGUACCACUUUUGGUAUUCCCAGAAUACCCAAUCACAGGUCUGAACAUGGCAUUGAACAGAUGACAAGAGGUUAAUUUACCUAAGCAAAAGAGACGUGACGAUUUGUUGGACAUGUCUUUUGCUUGUGCUUACAUUGCGUGCGUUUGUUUAGUGUGGGGGGGAGGGCAUUGGAUAACAAGAGCCAUAGACAUUAUUAACGUUCAUCGUGUGCAUGGAGUCUGUAAUACCAAUAAUAAGGCAAACAGGGUGUGGCUCCGCAUGGAAACAUAUCUUUCAGGGUUUCUCCCAUUUUUUUCGGCCAUCUUCAGGGUUGCCACGUUUCUCCGCGUCCUCCAUUUUGUCUGGUGGCGAACACGCGUCCGCGCCCAUCCUCUGAGAUGACUCAGGAAAAACCAAAUCAUGCGUACACAGAUUCAUAACACCAAAACUUUCAACGACAAGUGGGUGUUGCUAGGUAGGAUUGAGAUUGUUGUCCAACAAGUAAUUUAGUGUCAGAUUUUAAAAUGAGAAAAUGUUCCAAGGCAGCCAGCCACAUGAGGCCACUUCCAUAUUUUCAUCAUUGCUGUACAGACAUCUGCUUUUUUUUUUUUUUUACCAUGGUUAUUAAUCACUUUUUUGGUUCAUAUUGUUUUUACUGACAAUAUAUCUCUAUGGUGUAGGAUUUUUUUUGUUUGUUUUUAAAGGAACGGAUCAGGGAUGUUUUGUAUCAUGUCCUUUCAACGGAUGUGUUACCGCAGCAGAUCAGAUGAUUCCCAUGUUUCAAAAAGAGAGAAACAUGAAACCAAUAAUAAUCUUUUUGUUUGUUAAUUUCAUCAGUAGUUCUUGAACCCUUAGCAAUUUCUCUCUUAAAAGCAUAGAAAUUAAAAAAAUAGACUUUGUA